AUGUUUAGGGAUUGGUUGAUGGAUAUAGUGGUCAAGGGCUGUCAGAUCAGAUUACUGUCCUAUUGGUCGCCACCCAGGCGCAACACCAGUCCAUAUCGGGGCACAGCCUAUGGGGACAUCUCUAUGGGUGGGAUAACCAGCGGUGGGUCCGCGUUGUGGUCAGGUAUAGCGGGCACAUCCUAUGGGGACAUCUCAAUGGGUGGGUUUGACUGUGUGGGUGAUGAUGAUCGGGACACUUCAUCAGCUGAUGUUUAUAUUGAAUUGAUCCGUGACGUGAGUCCAGUGCCGUCGGCGGCGACAAGUCCUCAAUGGCGCGGCUCUUAUACUCAGAGCUCGUACUGGUAUUCGGAUUACGCGGCGCCCAAACCGCCGCAACCGCCCACCAAGAAGUCAUUCCUACCGACCCCUCAACACUGUCCCGAUACGGGCCGUACGGUCUGCGCCGAUGUUAAGCCCUUCUAUCCCUCUGAUGAUGUCUUUGAUGUGAUCCGAGCGGCGAAAGCCAAACGUUUCAACAUAUCGUCUGAGUUCGUGGACGAGAGUCUUAACGAUGAAGAGCCGCACUUUUACGACCAACAGCCGCCUCCACCGCCGCCCCAACCUUACAAUAAUCCCAAACACGAGGGAUAUGUCGUGUAUCAGACGGCCGUCCACUACGACAACAACCAUCACAACACAUAUAAGCCAAACAAUUACGAUAACAGACAACUAAACUAUAAUAAUAACUAUAAUAACCAGUACUCGCCGUACGGAUCGUCAGACCAUUCGCAGCAAAACUACGGCUAUAAUAACGAUAACAGUUAUAAUCCACACAAAGAUCAGUAUCGACCGACUUAUGGCAAACACAAACCCUAUGCCUCCCAUCAGUCGCCCCCAUCGGACAGGUAUCCCAACGAUUACCACAACAACUAUUACCCGCCAUCACAUCAACAGUCAUCCAAUGGCUAUCAACAGCCGUACGAGAAUGAGAUGAUAUCACAGCGACAUCAAAGUCGAUACAAGCGUCAAACGCCGGGCGCCGGCGCCGAAGUGGUGGACCCGGUCUGUCCGUCGCGUAUGAUUUUAGUGGAGCCCAAAGCGGCGCUCAACGAUCGGUCCCAAUGGAAGUUUGUCAUCAAUUUGGCCGAUCGGGACCCGAGGCUUAAACAGGCCAUCAAAGUGGAGCCCCCGGAGGAGCGGCGAACUCCCGGCUCGCCAAGCCUCUUCGGUCAUAGCGUCCUGAGUAACGGUCUGUCCACUUGUUGA